AGUACUCUCUCGCUAUUGGUCGAGCUGGCGCCAGACUGGCUCGAAAACAACAAACAAGUCUAGCACAGGCACAGCUCGUCGGGAUGGACGCAGCAACGUUGACAUACGACACGCUUCGCUUUGGCGAGUUUGAGGAUUUCCCCGAGACCUCUGACCCUGUGUGGAUUUUAGGGAGAGAAUAUAACGCGCUCACAGAGAAAGAUGACAUCCUAUCAGACGUCACCUCACGACUUUGGUUCACGUACAGAAAAAACUUCCCCCCUAUAGGCGGCACGGGGCCCACGUCGGACACGGGAUGGGGCUGCAUGCUGCGGUGCGGGCAGAUGAUCCUGGGCGAGGCGCUCACGUGCCGGCACUUGGGCAGAGACUGGCGAUGGUCGUCAGGGCACAAGCAAAGAGAGGAGUAUGUUAGCAUCCUCAACGCCUUCAUCGACAAGAAGGACAGUUACUACUCCAUACAUCAGAUCGCACAAAUGGGAGUUGGCGAGGGCAAGCCCAUAGGACAGUGGUAUGGACCAAACACAGUCGCACAGGUUCUCAAGAAGCUGGCGGCGUUCGACACGUGGAGCAGGUUGGUGGUGCACGUGGCCAUGGACAACACGGUGGUCAUCGAGGAGAUCAAGCGUCUGUGCAUGCCCUGGUUGGAUGCGGCGGGGCUCGGCGCGUGCGGCGAUUUGGCGGCGGCGGCGCCCGGCGAACUGAACGGCUGCGCGGAGGGCGCCUGCGCUCUCCCGGGGGACGAUGUGGAACUUUGGAGGCCGCUCGUCCUCCUCAUACCGCUCAGGCUGGGACUCAGCGAUAUCAACGACGCCUACAUCCAAACGCUCAAGCAAUGCUUCAUGCUGCCUCAGUCGCUCGGCGUCAUUGGCGGGAAACCAAACAGCGCUCACUACUUCAUCGGUUAUGUCGGCGAGGAGCUGAUCUACUUGGACCCUCACACCACGCAGCCCGCCGUGGACCCCUGCGACGACGGCCACGUGCCCGACGAGACGUACCACUGCCAGCACCCGCCCUGCCGCAUGCACAUCUGUGAACUGGACCCGUCCAUCGCCGCCGGUUUCUUCUGCAGAACAGAGGACGACUUUGACGACUGGUGCAUGCGCAUAAGGAGGUUGUCGUGCCACCGAGGAGGCUUACCGAUGUUUGAGCUGGUGGACAGUCAGCCGUCGCACAUGGUCAGCGUGGACGCACUCAACCUUACUCCUGACUUCUCUGACUCAGACCGCCUGGAGCGCUUCUUUGACUCUGAGGACGAAGAAUUUGAGAUCCUUUCCUUGUGAGGAACGCGCUGACAGUCCAACACGGUUUGAUACGGAAACCAACAAACAAAAAAAAAAGAAGAUUCUCGUGUUUUUCCACGCGCCGAGUCGGGGGAAAAAGCCGCAAUCCAGCUUGGGAACGCCGUGUCCCCACAAAAGGCUGGAUGGGACUCGUGUGCGCGUCCUCACCUUCAAACGUGUUUCUGUGGGAGUCUUAACUGCAUCACUAACGUUGAGAAAUGAGAGCAGAACGGUGCCUUGCCCUCCCCUAACUUCAAUCCGCCAGCCCUCAAGCCUGAGUCCAUUCCCUAACCCGCUUCAGCUAGUGCUACGUGACCACGCAAUGAAAAAAAAAAAAUCCUUGCCCACUAGAUUUAUUUAUUUACUCACCACCAUACACGGCUCUCAAAAGCAAAGGGAACUCAGGUAGGCUACACGUCUAGAAUGAAUGACCGCGGAACUUUUUUCAUGUGCAUUACUGGACUAAUAAAUUUCCAAGCAAGUCCACUUAGACGCCUUUCUGUGACUCCUUCAGGCUCUACUGGUUGUGCUACACAUUGCUACAGAGACUGGAAGAGUCACAGAAAGGCAUAGAAGUGGUCGGCCAUAGAAUUUUAUUUCCGCAAGUGGGUGGAAGUCCUGUCAAAGGUUAUCGUGCAUUUUAGGUUAAUCCUGAAAUUUGACCCAAAUUAACUAAUUUGGGGGGGUUUGGUGUAUGUAUACGUACACACACACAUACACACACACAGAUAAGAGGGAAGAGAGUAAUAAACUGGUAAGAUUUCA